AUGGAGGACCGGCGUUCGCGCCAUCGCGCUACCGAAAAGGAGCGGCGCCAGCGUAUGAACGAGACACUUAAUCGUCUGCGGCGCUUGCUCAAGGUGGGCCCACGCACGGAGCACGCCAUUGUCCUCGAGCUGGCUUGGCAACGUCUCUCCGACCAAAACAGCAAGCCCAGCCCUGCUGCUCUCCACAAAGCCGAUCAAGGUGGCGAUGAGAAUGAGAACCAGAACCUAGAUGAAGCGAGUGCUUCGCCCGCCUUCACCACAAACGGUCUCAAAUCAGCCAAUGUUCAGCCCGUUGGAGCCGGUCCGCCCGGCCGUGCUUGUCUUGCCUGCGGUCAGCCCCCUUGCUUGCAGCGCGAAGCUGCUGCCCUCCGUGCUCGCAACGCAUUCCUCGAGGCCCAAGCUGCCAAAGCAGAAGAUAAUUGUCGAGUUUUGCGGGAACAUCUUCUUGUGGACCGGCACCGUGUCACCGAACAGAAUCUUCAGAUUCAGCGUCUGGAGCAAGAACUAAGCCAUGCACGCGCCUCGGCUCGCGCCGACCAUAGUCCCGCCUCAGCGGGCACGCAGCAAGCUUGGAGCCCCACUUACAGCCAGGCCGCUAGCAGUCCCUCCAGCGAUGUGCACAGCCGCAACAGCGAAGCACCCACCCUACCCAUUCCCCAGCAGACGGCGACCUACUCGGCCAUGACAAUGGAGGCCAUGGAUGACCUUUUGCCUGACUUGGGCUUUCAGGCCUCUCGUCCUUCGUUUGCCCAGUCACCCGCCAUGAACAUCCCCACCACGUCGCCAUCAUCCCACGAGUCACCUCCGAUGGCCACCGAGUCUGCUCUCGCACCGUCUGCCCAAUGGUCCCCGCCCUCAGAUCGUAUGGAUAUGAGUGAGGAUAGGUCACAUGAGCAGCUCGAUGGGCCAAGCACUGUUGCUGUCAGCACCGACGAGCCGCCAAUGCCAACGCUGAAUGCCCUGUCUACUUCAAGUCCGAUCGCUGCUUCUUUCUCAGCACGUUUGGUCCCUCAUACAUGGGAUGAGGCCUUGACGGCUUCUUUGGAUAUGAGCGAAGACCCCAUCGUAGCUCUGGACGGUGACUUUGGAGACAUCCUGGCCGAUCUAUACCGCACCAUGGAAGCCAGCGAGCCCGCCCCGUCAUCAAAGCCCGCCCCCAUCUCCCUUAGUAGCGACCUCUCUUCUGCUCUGAAUGCCUCAUCCGUGCAUCAAGCCACGACGCUUCUAGCCAACAUGUUAGGCGAACGCAGAAUGAAGCGCAGCGGGCUUCCAACCUUUACGUAUGCUUCCUCAACCCUGGGCCCCGAGCUGCUCAGCAACCGCCUUCUCAACACGUCCCUGGGCGUGAUUCUCAUCACCCCCAACUACGACACCAUCUAUUGCAACGAACUCGUUCUCAAGGUAUUUGGCGUGACGGACAUGACGGGUCUUGAACGCUUCAAGACGUGCCGUUAUAAUGUCACCGAAGACAAGAAGAAACUCAUGCCCUACAUGAGCGACCUCGUUGUCGGCAAGUCAGUGUUUGUACAGGCGGAAAUUCGAGUGCGACGUGUGGAUGAUGGCCUGGUGUGGGUUCGUGAAACAGUGUUUUGCGUCUCGUCACGACGCGGUCCCGACCUGGAUUUGAGCGAGAAGGCACUUUGUAUCAUUCUGGAACCUUGUGUCCCGCCCCCCGGAAACAAGCCGCGCUAUCUCUCUAACUAA